CAAAAGAGUUUGACGGACGAACAGCAAAAGAGACUUCCUUAUGCUCCUGAUGCUCUCGAGGGAGCACGAGAUGUCGCCACUCCAUUUGGCAGCAUAAGAGUUUAUGAGUGGGGACCAGCAGAGGGCAAGAAAGUGCUACUGGUACAUGGUAUUAGUACGCCAUGUAUAGCUCUGGGUGGGCUGGCAGAGGAGCUGGCACAGAAAGGUUGUCGUGUGAUGUUGUUUGACCUAUUCGGCCGUGGGUUCUCAUCUACCCCCGAUCCCGCCUCUCAACCGCAAGACAUUCAACUCUUCACCACCCAAAUCCUCUUAGUCCUCUCCUCGUCCCCACUAAGUUGGACAGGCGAUGGCAAUCGAUUUGCUUUGAUCGGCUACUCGCUAGGUGGAGGCAUCGCUGCAUCAUUCACCUCGUACUUUCCAAAUAUCGUUGAAUCUCUGGUGCUUAUCGCACCUGCAGGCCUUAUGCGAUCUACCCGUAUCCACUGGACGAGCAAAUUUCUUUAUGGUGGAUUUUUACCUCGCAAAUUAGUCGAGUAUCUGAUCUCUGCACGCAGGCCUUCUGUCAGUAUAGCAAACGUCGUAGCAUGGCAACUGCACCACCAUGCCGGUUUCGUCUCCUCCUUUGUCUCCAGCAUCCAACACGCACCCAUCAGUGCACAACAUGACAUCUGGAGAAGAAUUGCUUCCUGUCAGAAUUCUGUCAUCCCAUCCACCCAACGUCUUCUCGAAGGCAAAGUCUUGCUGUUGCUAGCUAAAGACGACAAUGUCGUCAUUGCUGACGAAAUGUCGCAAGAUGCACAAUCGGCGUUGGGAUCAGAUGCUGUAGACAUCAGAGUCAUGGACGGCGGACACGAACUUCCUGUUACAGAUGCAGAACUCGUUGCUCAGACUAUUCUGGACUUCUGG